AUGCUCACAAUUACUGAUGAAUAAAGUAAAAAUAUUUUUAAUACAGGGUUAGAGUAAAUAUUUGAAAGAGAAGAAAAUUAAUCAAACUCUCUAGAUUAAGUAUAAUUGCCUGUUCAAAAAAUUUAGCUGAAAAAAUAUAUAGCAAAAGUUAAGCCUUCAAAAAGUAAAUUAUACAAAAAGAAAUAAUUACAUAUAGUUCCUAUUGUUUACUAAAGCUUGGAAAUAAGUCACUAUUGCAUCAUAUUUGGCUAUGUCAUAUUAGAAAGUUAAUACAGAGACUACAAAAGUUAGUCGCAAAUAAAUCUAUAAAAUAACGGGAUAUCUUGCCUCAUUAAAUUAAAUUCUAUUGAAAAUAAAAUUUCAGAAUAAAGCUGGGUAUUUAAUUACUAAAUCUUAGGAUAAAGUGGAAUAAAAGAUUUCUCUUUUCUGAUUGAUCACUAUAAAAAAUUUUCUAAUUAAACCUAUAGAUAAUUAGCUUUAUAAUUAGAAGAGUAUUAAUAAAAAACACAAUAAAUAUUAAAUUAUAUAACUGACACAAGUUUGAAAAUUAAUUCAAGAAUCAUUGAUGAAAAUGAUGUUCAUAAAGCUUAUUAAGAUUUUAGUAUUUUUUUUGAUAAUUAUGUGAAAGCUAAUUAUUCUGAGUGUGAUUUUAUAUCCACCUCUAAAAUCAUAGUUGAUUAUGCAAGUUAAGAUUUUAUGUUCAAAGAUACUACAGUAUCAUAUUCUACUUUAAGCUUGUUAGGAGUAGAACCAUAAAACUCAGAAAUCAUGUUUUAAAAAUCAUUUUAGAAUUUUAAUUUCUUAAUAGGCUAAGAGAGAUUAUAGAAUAUAAUUAGAAAGCUUUCUUUUGCUUUAUCUGACCAAACAAUUUUUGAGUUUGUUCAAGAAUAUUUUACACUUGAUGCAAUAUUAUUUAGUGCCAAAUCAACAUAUGAAAUAGUUUAUUGGCCUAAUGCCCCUAAUUGGAUGGAUAAAAAAUCAUGUUUUGGAGUAGUAAAUAAAAUAGAUCUAUCCUUAAAUUAGCUGAAAUCAAUCAUUUAAUUAAGAUAAAAUUAGACAAAUUCUGAUUUGGAUUUGAACUCCCUAGAGGAAGAUAAUAGUUUUGAGUAUUAAGUUCAGAAAGAAAUAUUCCUACAAAAAUUCUACCCUGAUCUAUUUUUUGAUCCAUAAACUAUGAAAUCUAUUAAGCUAAAAGAAGAUAUAUAAAAAUGA